UUGUUUCUCACACAGAGGGCGUCACGUCAAUGCAAGAUAAACGCAACGCUCUGAAUUGACCAGGGAUGGUUUAUUUGGAAGACACGUUUCUGUAGUGUUUCAGGUCCAAAGGAACUUUCUUCAAAAGCUGUGACUGUCAUUUAAUCGCUAUUAUGGGUGAUGUGAUUUCUUCCAACCUGGACGAAGGCAAGCGGGAUAUGAUUACAGCCCGCACCAGUGCUGUGAUGGCAGAGUUUGGGAGGUUUUAUGAGCAACAGUAUGCCGUGGCUUUGUUCAACAGUGUGCGCUAUGAGAUCGAAGGAGGAGGGAAUACCCAGACACAACUACUACACAGAAAGGAACCUCUGAAGAACAAGUCCAUCUUCUCUGGAAGUCUGUUUCAGUAUCUGGAAGAGAGCAAAAAAUGGAGGAGCCGCUUUUUGUACGUGGGCGACUCUUACAACAUCAGCUUGUUUGAGAGCAAAGCGGCACAUGAUCGAGGGCUCCACUCCAAAGGGGUCAUUAACUGUGCCGGGUACAGAGCCCUGACCUCUAUGGAGGAAUACCUGGGACUUCUCAACAAUAGCCUGGGUGAUACAAAGGCCAAAUCAGCCAGUGCCCCGUUUCUGAAGUGCCCCACACAGUUUCCCCUCAUCUUGUGGCAUCCAUACGCCCGCCAUCACUAUUUCUGCGUCAUGAUGGAGAAAGAACAGAAGAAGUGGCAUGCUGUCUUCCAGGACUGUGUGAGACACAGCAACAACGGACUGUUAGAAGAGUGCAAGGUAGCUACACCAGCUUUCACAGAUGCCCUGCGACUCUACAGGCAGGCCAAUGGUCACUAUGGCACCUGGGACAUGAUGUGUGGAAACCAAGCACAGAUUCUUGCUAACCUGGUGAUGGAGACUUUGCACCCUGAACUGAAGAAUCUGAUCGUACCUCGGCUGAAAGGAAAACUCCAACAGAGACAGAAGGACUGGAUGCUGAUCUCCGAUGCAGUAUACAGACAGGUGCUGUCACAGACAAAGACUCAACACGAAGCUCUGGCUCAAGUAUGUGAGAUGGAGCGCCCCCGUCUGGACUCUACUCUACGCACAGAUAUGGACCAGAUCAUCACUUCCAAAGACCACGUUUCUGGAAAGAUCCGUGCAUUGGUUUUACCCCGCAUUGAACAGCUUGUGAGAAGCAAGGUUCAGCCCUACAUCCACUCCAUCCUGGAGGCCCUCAUGGAGCCCACCAGCAGAGGAUUUUCUGAAGUAAGAGAGAUCCUCUUCCGUGAGCUGGUGGAGGUCAGCAAGAACACAAUGAACGAUAGCAGCAGGGAGAAACUGGGAGAGCAUAUGGACAAGAUUUCCAUGUUGGCCUUCCAUCCGGUGAAGAUGCAGAGUUGUUAUGAGAAGAUGGAGGCGCUGAACCUUGAAGGCCUCCAGCAGAGAUGUGACGUGUCCAGUCCAUCUGUGUUCAUCCAGAGAGCUCAGAUCCUCAUGAGAGAGCAAAUGGACAAUGCAGUGAACACGUUUGAGCAGUUGGUCCAUCAGAGUCUAGACGGCCACAGCGGGGAGGAUCUCUGCAAGACCAUCCAGCACUGUCAGGACCGAGUACUCAAAAAAUAUGACUAUGACAGCAGCACAGUGAGGAAAAAAUUCUUCAGGGAGGCUUUGCUUCAGAUUAUCAUACCGUACAUGCUAAAACAGCUCUCCCCAUCAUUUUCACCGGAUCUGCCCAAGUUCAAGGAGCUCAUCUUUGAGGACUUCUCUAGAUUCAUACUAGUAGAGAAUAUCUUUGAGGAAGCUGUCCUGCAGUCAGUCAGCAAGGACAUCAUGAUGGCUGUGAAGGAAGCUGCGGUCCAGAGAAGGCACAACUUGUACAGAGACAGCAUGGUCCUGACCAACAGUGACCCCAACCUGCAUCUUCUGGGAGAGAACACCAUCGACUGGGCUGGCCAGUUCGGGGGAGUAAAAGGAGAGAAGCAAGGUGGCGACAAGACCAACAGGAAACGCAAACAGAUCGUCUCCAUGAUCCACUUGGAUGGGAUGCCUCUACCAUAUGAGUCCUGCCAGGAAGUACCAGGAGUGGACGGCAUCCCAGAAGAAUACGAAGGGCAGGAAGGACAAGAUCUUGAAUCAGAAAAGCCUGGGAACCCUCUACAGCAUGUACCUAUCGAGAAAGUGCCAGGUUCUCCUGAUAGCAUCAAUGAGAUCCGAGACCUAAUAAACCGUCUGCAACCUACAGCAGACGGAUGCUUGCUUUGA